UGAUGAUUAGAUGAGAUAAACUGAGAAAGUCUUGUUAGACCUACCAACGAAAGAACAAUGAAUAGCAAACAAACCUUAGAAUUCUUGUGGUGUUAUCAUUACAGGCUCAAUCAUGUCAAACUUAUGUCAAAAUCAAAUUUAAGAUAAUAAUAGUCGGCUUAACACAUAUUCACUGUUUUAACCUUUUAAGUCGGACUACAUUGAAGAAUUGUCUGUGAAUCUAACUUAUGCAAACAGAAGAAAAAAAAACUGUGGAAAAGUAGUCCAAAGUUCAAUGGUUGAAGGAACCUGGGGUCAGGGCCAUUUAUGGCACAUACCUCCUGUGUCCUGAUGAUGGACCCAAUGUUUUACACUUCAGAAACCAGACAGAUCAAUAAAUCAUCUCAUGAAAGAUCUAAAAAAUCGAAUUAAAUGGUAUGGGCCUUGACCAAGACUAUUAUCGCAAAUUAGUGUCAGUUUAAUAUUUCUAAAUAAGAUCUCUAGAGUCUUGAUUUUAUAAUUUUAUAGUUCACCAAUAUCGACCAAAUCUUUUUGAAUGUUUCAAGGAUUUGUUUUUUCUCUCUCAAAUCUUUUUGGCAACAUCAUCAUAUUCAUAUGAACACUGAACUAAACUAUCAUCCAUUUGAACUCCUUAAUUCAACCAAUUAUGUGAUGACUAAUUCAAGUUAGCAGCAUUCUUUGUUACAUUUGAAAGUUUUCUCUUAUAUAACCAAGAUUUUCGUAAAUUAAUAUAAAUUAUAUGUAAGGCUGUCUUUAUAAGUUAAUAGCCAUAUAAUUGGAAACAAAAUGAAGUGUCAAUCUCUAUGAUUUAAUUUUCGGAAUCUCAUUUAAUAGUUUCCAUUUACAAAAAAAAAAAGAUCAUAUAUACACGCACGCAAAGGGAAAAAAAAAAGAGCUUUUUGCCCUUCGUACGUCUCUGGAACGUACGUAUCUCGAAAACGAAACCAAACACACUACACUCACGGUAAACGCGGUACAGGUGAUUAUUGUCUCCUCUUAUUACCAAAAGACAAUGACACUUUGUCCACAAUCCAAUGUCUCUCCCUCCCUCUCUCUACCUUCUUCUUCCUCGUCAUCAUUUUGAUUAUAGAAAAGCUUGAUCAAUUUUAACUCUCUGCACCCCGAAGCUUCGAUCCCAGUCUCCAUAGACUCUCUCAAUUUCAACUCAUAUGAGCUCCAUAGAUGUGAUCUCUCUCUCUCUCUCUCACACACACACCUGAGAUCAAUCAAACACUUGAAGAGGGAAAUGCCAAGCGUAGCUGUGAAACUCUACAGCGUCUUCUUCAAGCUCCUCCUCAAACACCGUCUCCACAACCUCAUCUCAUCUCCCCCCUCACCGGAUCCCUUCGGCGUCUCCACCCGAUCCGAUGAAUCCGUCGCCGCCGCGAACCCUUCCUUCACCGACGGCGUCGCGACCAAAGACAUCCACAUCGAUCCGAUGACGUCGCUCACGGUCCGUAUCUUCCUCCCCGAAUCAGCUCUCUCUCCGUCCGAGCUUCGCCGCGGAGAAGACGAUUCUCAUUCUCAUCCUCACAAUCCCAGAUCUGAUCGGAGACACAGCCACGUCGUCAUCCCUCUUAAUCAAACCUCUCCGGAGAGGAACGAGUCUCGGAGGAAGAGCUACGAACCUUACGGAGGAUACGCGCCGUCGGCGAAGAGGAGUUCGCGGAAAUUGCCGGUGAUGUUGCAGUUUCACGGCGGAGGUUGGGUGGCCGGAGGUUCUGACUCGGCGGCGAACGACUUCUUUUGCCGGAGGAUAGCUAAAGUGUGCGACGUGAUUGUGUUGGCGGUUGGAUACAGGCUUGCUCCUGAGAAUAGGUAUCCUGCGGCGUUUGAGGAUGGGGUUAAGGUGCUGAAUUGGCUUGGGAAGCAAGCCAACCUAGCUGAUUGUUGUAAGUCUAAUAGACGCGUUAAUGGGGUUGAGUUGAAGAAACUGAAUGUUCAAGGUCACAUUGUUGAUGCUUUUGGUGCUUCUAUGGUUGAGCCUUGGCUUGCAGCUCAUGCUGAUCCUUCCAGAUGUGUUCUUUUGGGGGUGAGCUGUGGAGGGAACAUAGCAGACUACGUAGCUCGGAAAGCAGUGGAAGCUGGGAAACUUCUAGAGCCGGUGAAAGUCGUUGCACAGGUUCUAAUGUACCCAUUCUUCAUCGGGAACAACCCAACACAGUCGGAGAUAAAGCUAGCAAACUCUUACUUUUACGACAAGUCUGUCUCUGCUCUCGCCUGGAAACUCUUCUUACCGGAGAAAGAGUUCGACUUUGACCACCCGGCAGCAAACCCGCUUGCACACAACCGGAGUGGACCACCUCUGAAGCUAAUGCCUCCGACUCUAACAGUAGUGGCGGAGCAUGACUGGAUGAGAGAUCGAGCCAUUGCUUACGCUGAGGAGCUUAGGAAGGUGAACGUAGAUUCUCCAGUUUUGGAAUACAAAGACGCGGUUCAUGAGUUUGCAACGCUUGAUAUGCUUCUCAAGACUCCUCAGGCACAGGCAUGCGCCGAAGAUAUUGCUAUUUGGGUCAAGAAAUACAUUUCACUACGAGGCCAUGAGUUCUCUUACUAAGGAUUUUUACCCUGUUACUAUCAUUGUUCACUCAUUAUCUUACUUUUUUGUAUGUAGCAAAGAUUUUGUGAUUAGGAUUAGAGACGAUUCAAGAUUUGAGUCUUUUUUUGGUUUAAUGAUGUAUUUAUAUGUACGUAUUCUAAUUAAACCAUUUUUGUUCAAUCAGGUUUGUUCUUGGCUUGUGACAGCAACA